AAGAAUCAUGAACGAAGUUUUAGUUUUUUGGCUAGUUUAUAGAAAAAAAAACGAAUGAAAAAAAUAACAUGAUAACGUAUUUUUUAUUCUCCUUUGUAUAUUAAAUUUAUACAAAUUCUCUUUCUCUGAUAAUUUUUUUUCUUCUGUUUUUGUUGCAUGAACAUGACAGCGAAAAAGGACUCUUCUAGUUUUAUGGAACAAUUUGAAUGGGAAUCAUGGAAACAUGAUACCCCUUUUUGGGUUCACGUUAUUGCAGGAAGUUCAGCUGGCGUUGCAGAACAUUCCUUUGUAUAUCCAUUGGAUACACUCAAAACUCGACUCCAGUCCGUCAGUGUGUCGACACGUAAUUGUUCAUCACAACUCAAAUAUUGGUCUUUUUUUGACAAAAAGUACAUUUUUCGUUUAUUUCGUGGUUUGCCAACUUUAUGUAUAGGCUGCAUUCCUGCUCAUAUAGCGUUGUUCUCUGUAUAUGAAUUGUCGAAAUCCAUGUUGGGUACAGAUACAAUCAUUCGGUCAAGUUUAUGUGGUGCCUUUUCAACUCUAGCGCAUGAUUUAAUUUUAACACCUGUUGAUGUUAUCAAACAAAGGUUACAAUUAGGUUAUCAUAAAAGUGCUUUACAAUGCUGUCAUAAAUUAUAUAUUCAUGGAAGACUUUCAAGUUUUUAUCGUAGUCUUGGAACAAUUCUUCUCAUGAAUGUACCUUUUAGCGCUAUUUUUGUAACAGCUAAUGAAGCUUUACGUCGUUUCAUUUGGCCAUCGUUCACAACAAAAACAUCUGAUACCUACUUUCUAAAUACUCACAAGCUUGUUUACUUACAUUUUUUCACUGCUGGUAUCGCGGGUGGUUUAGCUGGUAUUUGUACAACACCAUUAGAUGUUAUCAAAACGCGGCUUCAAACACAAUCUUAUUCAUUAAAUAAUUUAAACAAGUCUUAUCCAACUAGUUCUUCUGUGAUACAUUGUGAGUCACUGAAAAGGCUUCCGACGGUUCCUUUUGUAACCAGGACUUUUGAAGAGUCGAAAGAGAUAUCUUUUAAUAAAUUCUUCCGUAAAGAACCGUUUUUUUCAUUUAAAAAUCAACGAAAACCUUGGACUAUGCCGUCUUCACACUUUCCCUCUUCUGUGAUACAUGGAAAUCAAGGCAACGUGCAAACGCCUCGUUAUACAAAUUUCAAGACAACGGCAAAGCUUCUUUUUAAGGAAGAAGGAUACAAAGUUUUUUGGAGGGGUGCUUUCUUAAGACUUUUAUUUACAGCCCCGUCAGCUGCUAUUUGUUGGGGAACGUAUGAAAAUGUUAAGACAUACCUACAUCCAGUAACAAAUGAAUAUAGAUACUGAUAGUAAACAUAAUGGGAAUUAUAAAACCUCAAAUAUUUGUUAGAAGAUAACUUGAAUGAAAAUAUAAAACAAUACAUUUUUUGCAGUAUUGUAAUUAAAAAAAAACUGCUUUGCUAUCAAAAUAACAAAACUUAUUUAAGAA